AUGAGCGUGUUCGCGUAUCGUUUUAUUUUGAUCAUUUUUGAUAGAUUUUCAGAAGUUCACAAGUCAUUUUCAUCCUGCAUUUUCGCUAUAAUUGCCUUAAAAAUAUUGUGUUCACGGUGCUCACGCAAUAAGGAUUUUAUAUUUCAAGAAAAUCAAGUGACAUUCAUCGAUUUCGAGAUGCCGUUUGUUUAUUUGGGCGUUCAAUUACCAUUCCAACCGUAUAAAAAAAUUAAGUUAGAAAAUUUUGAUUUGGAAAACAAAGCGGAACAGCUACGACAUGAAGCUCAAAAGGCCAUAGCUAGUAUCCCAGCGGACCAAUUCGAUUUUAUUUAUUGUGGAGAUUUAUUGGGAAACGAUGACGUGUUGAAAGACAAAGGAGUGGAAUGUGGAUCAACGAUUCAUCUUAUUCAGAAAAAGAAAGAAUUAACGCCCCCCAAAUCUGAAAUAGCGUUUAAUGAGGCAGACGUUCAGGAAAUUCUUGGCAUAUGGCGUACGGUGCUUUCAUCUAACUUCCAAAAAGUUCGCCACCCUGAGUUCAUGAAAAAUGUUUUAGACGCCAAUCCAGCCAUUCGAAAUGAUCUUUGGGCUUUGUCUAUUCUUAAGGAUCCUAUACUAUUGUCUUCUAUGCAACAACCGGAAACGAUUCGUCGCGUGGCAGAAAAACAUUAUAUUCUAAUCGAGGCUUCGCGGUCUAUUGUUCAACUUUUAAAUUCGAAAAUGAUAUCAAAAUCGGCUACAUUUUCACCUACAAUCGAGAGCGCUCUGGACGACGCAUUAUCCGAUUCCUCAUCAAGUGAUGAAAAUACUUCUCCUACUACAUCUACAGGGGCACGUUCGGCUCGGCGCAUUACAGCUGAUCAAUUGGCAUCGGCCCUGGCCUUCGCGGGCUCCUCGUCCUUUAAUUCUCUAUCGAAUAUUUCCCAACGCGAUGCGGACACACGAGAAACCACUGACCCUCAGACAAAUCAACCUUCAACAUCAGGCAGCGCGCCUCCUGCAAAUCGCAUAACUUCUUCGAUGUUCAUGAAUGCUCUAUCGGAAGUUAUCCAAUCUGCGCGGCGACCACCAGAUGCAGAAAGCGAUUCUGAGCCCAUGGAUACAUCACCUUCUACCGACAUAAACAACAGCAAUUCGACAGUUCCAUCAACCGAAACUACCCCAUCAGUAGCGCCCGGGGAUGUAGGUGGCCAAGCUCAAUCACAGCACAGUACCCUAGAAGCUAACCUUAGUCGCUAUCGAGCUGAAUUGGAUCAGAUGAGAGAGAUGGGUCUUACGGAUACUGAAACAAACCUUCAGGCCUUGAUCGUAUGUGCUGGUAACGUAGAGACAGCGGUCAAUUUGGUGUUUAGUGGAAUGACAAAUUGAAGGACUCAAAGAACCAAAUUUAAAAAUUAUAUCUAAAUACACAUGAUUUGUUGGAAUGUAAUCAAUAAAAACACUCACUGCUACUACUGAUAAGAA